CUUAUCUUCUAUUAAUCUUCGAAUCCGAGUUUCGUUGGGCUGUGCCAAAUCUUCUCCGGUGCUGCAGCUAAUCCCUGAUGGCAAGCGCUUGGAACAUGAGCAUUGCAAUGGUUCAUAGGGAUAUAGAGAGGGGAUGGGAGAUCAAUAUGGAGUUGUUUCGUUUUGUUUUUCUUUUUCUUUAUUAUUGGAGAUUCUUGCUCACUUUGGGACGAGUUAGACCUCUCCAGUAAAUCAUGGGAAGAUCUGGAGAAAAUACAUAUUUCAAAAUUUAUAUUAGCUUUUGGAGCACAUUGGAGCAAAUAUGCAUUUGGAGCUUGUGGAGCACUGCUCUUUCCGAGGAUUGCUCUUACUUGUUACCCCUUUGCUUUGUUUUAACAACCUUUGAAAACAAUGAGUGGUCGAUUUUCCCGGUCCAUCUAUGUUGGUAACUUGCCCGGCGACAUUAGAGAACAUGAGAUUGAAGAUCUCUUUUACAAGUAUGGCCGCAUAGUGGAUAUUGAAUUGAAGGUUCCACCUCGUCCUCCGUGUUAUUGCUUUGUUGAGUUUGAGCAUGCUCGGGAUGCCGAAGAUGCGAUCAGGGGCCGUGAUGGCUAUAACUUUGACGGCUGUCGUUUGAGGGUUGAGCUUGCCCAUGGUGGGCGAGGACAGUCUUCAGGUGAUCGUCGUGGUGGGUACGGUGGUGGGGGUGGCUAUGGUGGUGGAGGAGGUGGUGGUGGAGGUGGUGGUGGAUCUGCCCGGUUUGGUGUCUCACGACACUCUGAAUUCCGAGUUAUUGUACGUGGGCUCCCAUCAUCUGCUUCAUGGCAAGAUCUGAAGGAUCAUAUGCGGAAAGCCGGUGAUGUAUGCUUUGCUGAGGUCACUCGAGACAGUGAUGGAACUUAUGGUGUUGUCGACUACACCAAUUAUGAUGACAUGAAGUAUGCUAUAAGGAAGCUUGAUGAUACGGAGUUCAGAAACCCUUGGGCUAGAGGUUAUAUCCGGGUGAAGAAAUAUGAAAGCUCCCUGUCGAGAAGCCCAAGCAGAAGCAGAAGCAGAAGCCGUAGCCGAGGCCGUGGUCGCAGCCGUAGCCGUAGCCUUAGCAGAAGCAAGAGCCCAAGGAAGGACCUGAGUAAAUCACCAAGACGAUCCCUUUCCAGAUCCAUAUCAAAAUCUAGAUCACCAUCGCCUGACAGGAAGAAGAGUCCCCCCAGGGCAAUGUCGAGAUCAAGGUCCAGGUCUCGGUCCAGGUCUCUGUCGAAAUCACCUGCCAAGGUUCGGGAAGGCAGUGAGUGAUUUAGAGCGUGCGAAGUUUCUCAAGCCAAAAAUCGAAUGAGAGAGUUUUAGAGGAUUAGGCGUGAGAUCAUAUCCAACCAAUCGAAACUUAAACUUGUAAUAUCGUCAUGCAUGUUGUUCUCUAUACUGUUUUGCACACUUUUAUUUAUAUUUGCUACUUUGAGUUAAAACAUGUUAUUUUACCGGUUCUUUUAAAUAAUUGUCUUUCAAGUCAAAUUCAAAAACAUUUU